UUCUUACAAAGGAAUUAGAAGUGAGGCGGAACUUGUUUUUCAGAGCUGAUGGGGCGAAUGACUGGAAUACAAACUAGCGAAUAAAAUACAGAUAGAAGAGUUAAUGUAUUACUUCAGUGUGUUUAUAACAUGUCAUUGUGGUAGGUGAUAAACUUAUUUGAAAUGAAGUCAAAAUGUUCUAGUUAGAAAUUAGUUUUAAUCGAUUUGCCGUUUGUGUCUCUUGGAUUUGAUUCUGUCACGCACAGAUAAUCAGCCAGCAUGUCAAAAGAAAACAAGGAUGCAUACAUUGUAAAAUUUGUUGAACACAAUGGAGAGAAGGCUGAUCUGGCUCAACAGGCCUAUAAGGCAAUAGUUGAACUGCAGUCAGAGAAAUAUGUGCAGAUGGUCGAUGAACAAACAGCACUAGAGUUGGACCACAAUGACAAAUCCCUGUUUGUCUUCAGUGACUUUACCAGUAAUGCAUUUGAGUACUGCAGGGGGCUGGGAUGCAGGAUAGUGAGUCCGCUGGUAGUGUUGUUCUGUCUACAGAAACAGAGGUGUGUGCCUAAAGCAGAGCAGCCUGUCUAUAGCAUGGCCAUGGCUGAUGUCACCAUCUCCUGCACCAACCUCGACAAGGAGGCACGGAGCGAAGUGAUGGAUCUUGUCCAGCUGAUGGGUGGCCGUGUCUACCGUGAUCUUAACGUGUCUGUUACGCACCUAGUGGCGGGUGAAGUGGGGAGUAAAAAAUACCUGGUCGCUGCAAGCCUUGAGAAACCCAUCCUUCUCCCUAGCUGGAUUAAAGCAUGCUGGGAAAAAUCUCAGGAUAGUGUUUUUCAUCACUCUGAGCUGAAUAUUGAGGACUAUCGGUGUCCAGUCCUGAAAGGCUGUACAGUAUGUGUGACGGGUCUUUCUACUGUUGAGCGUAAAGAGGUUCAGAGGUUGUGUGAGCAGAAUGGAGGCUGCUACACUGGGCAGCUUAAGAUGAACGAAUGCACUCAUCUCAUUGUCAGCGAACCCACAGGUCAGAAAUACGAGUUUGCCCGUAAGUGGAAUGUGUACUGCGUGUCCCUGCACUGGCUGUUUGACAGCAUAGAGAAGGGCUUUUGUCAGGAUGAGAGCAGGUAUGUUGUGGAGAAGAGGAAAACGGAGGAGAAACCAGGCAGACCCAACACCUCCACCCCAACAGGAACCAGCAAAAACAAAGAGGAAGGUCCUUCACUUUUGGGAUUGAGCCAUAUCUCCAAUAUCAGCAUGAAUGUCAAUGAAACUGCCCUCACCACCGCGUGCAUCAGCCACAUAGAGACUCCUGAUCCAAUCGAUUCAUUUGACAUUACUGUCUGCCGAGUUGAUGACCUGUUGGAUGGCUGUAAGCUGUACUUAUGUGGGCUGUCUGGAAAGAAACUGGAGAAGCUGCGGCGGAUGGUGAACUCUGCCGGAGGCCUGCGCUUCAACCAGCCCGGCCAAGAGCUCACACACAUAGUGAUGGGUGAACCAGACCAGGGUGUCAAAGUCUUCCUUGAAAAAGCCACUCACAGACCUCAUAUAGUCACAGUGCAAUGGCUGCUGGAGAGUUUUUCCCGUGGUACUCUGCUCCCAGAAGAUGCUUACUUUCACCCCUCCUUCCUGCCACCUGCCCCAGCCGCUGUUGACAUGCCAGCUCCCCGCAAUUCUGCCUCCCGCACCUCCAGACCCUCAGUAGCUCCGCCUCCUGCCCCCAGUCCAGCCCGACAGGUCCGAGCAGAGGAAGAGUUGCUCUCACAAUACGUGGAAAAUGACCAAACUGUUGUGGAGCUCCCUCAGGCUGCUAAUAGCACCACCAGCAGGCAGAGUAUUCUGCUUCCAGAUCCUCCAGCUCUAGGGCAAGACUCUACUAUGUGUGAAGCCUCAGAGGGAGGCCUGUUUUCGGGAAAGCGGUUCCUUUUGGUUGGAUUUGGAGCUGAGGCAGAAGCCCAGCUCUCGGAGCUCAUCAUGGAAAACUCUGGGAAGAUUUUGGUUGGCCGCUCGAGAGCAGUGGCGCACUACGCCAUUGUGCCGCUGCUGGGCUGUGACGUGGAAGCCACAGUGGAUGAGGUCGCAACAGAUACAUGGCUGGCCAUGUGUGUAGAGCAGCAGAGUGUGUUGGCACUGUCAUCUCAUCCUCUCUUCACUCCGGUGACUAUGAGAGAGGGUUUCUCUCCUCUCAAAGACUGCGUGCUGUCUGUCAGUCAGUUCACUGGAGCAGAGAGAGACUCUCUCAUUCAGUUGGCAAAACACUUGGGAGCCAGUGUUCAGGAUUAUUUUGUGCGAACAGCUAACCAGAGGAAGGGAAUGCUGGCUAGCACUCACUUGGUACUCCAGACACCAGAGGGGACAAAGUACCAGGCUGCCAAGAAAUGGAGUCUGCCUGCAGUUACCAUCCGCUGGGUUUUAGAGUCUGCAAGAACAGGGAAGAGGGCCGACGAGGGACGCUACCUGGUUGACCUACCACCUUCUCCAGAGAGAACAGACGACAGUUUCGUUGGGGCAUCUCAGAGAGACCCAGCACCUCUGCGAAUCCCGCAGCGCUCCCCAGAGCUCCCUCUACUGGGCCUGCAGAACAGUGCAGCCAUCACCCCACUAGACACUGCUCGAUUUCAGAGCCGCACCGUCCGCUCAGCAGUCAGGAAGAUGAAGGAGGGAGAGGAACAGCAGAUGGAGGUGGUGACCCCAGGACAGGAGGAUGCCAGAUCAGCACUUCAGAAAGACUCCUCCCUCCAUCUAGACACUCCCUCACGAUUCCUUAGCAGAGAUCGACUAUUCGGACCUUCAUUUAACACAAAGGAUGUAUUUGAUCAUUUACAAACUCCUGGUAAUAAGCCUCAGGAAGGUAAGGGGGCAGAGACGCCUCUAUCCGAGGUCAUUGAAAGGAACCUGAAAGCUGCCGUCGCCAACAGCAAUCGCAGUCAUGUGACAAAUCUUGCAGCCAUGACGGCCAGUCCUCAACUGGGAAAAGUGCCUGAGCCCGAGGUGGAGCAGAAAAUAACAGCUCCCCUCACUGGCGUGGUGGUGUGUGUGAGUAAGAAAUUAAGCAAGAAACAAAGUGAACUCAAUGCAGUGGCUGCCUCUCUGGGCGCAGACUUCAGGUGGUCAUGUGAUGACUCAGUCACUCAUUACAUCUACCAGGGUAAAGUGGGAGACAACAGUAAAGAAUACAGAGCUGUUAAAGAGAGAGGAAUACAUAUAGUGUCUGAACACUGGCUACAGGCGUGUGCGGAUGAGCAGAAGCGCGUGUCUGAAUCACUCUACCCUUUCACCUUCAACCCCAAAAUGAGCCUGACCAUGAGUCAGGUUGCAGACUGCACCCAGAGGUCACCACCUCUUUCCACUCCCCGCACCAGACUCAGAACAUUUACAGAAGAUGAAGAGACCCGGCUGGGCACUUUGGAUGACAUCACGGACAUCUCCACCCCUAAGCGAGUUAGUAUGGAUGGGCCUGAGAAAGAGCAGAAGCCCACCAGCAAUGACAAAAGAGAUCUCACAGAAACACUAGAGAUGAGAGAGAAUUUUCAGAGGCAGCUUCAGGAAAUCAUGUCUGCUACUAAGAUGACCAAUGGUCGUCGAGGCUCCACACGAUUGACCAGAGCAGGCUCAGGGAGUCUGGACUCGCCCCACACCCCCGACAGCCUGGGACGAAUAGGCAGACGCAGUCGUAAUUUAGAAGCCAUACGGAUGUCACGUCAGGUGGCUAUGGACCUAAAUACAGAACCAUCUCAGAGCGAACAGAUCGUUUGGGACGACCCAACCGCUCGAGAGGAGAGAGCCCGAUUAGCUGAUAACUUGCAGUGGCCUGGCAGCCCCUCCCAGCACUCUGAGCCCCUCGCCCUCAUCCCACCACCCCCUUCUGACCAGACCAAAAACGCCAGAGACUCCAUGACCGAUUCUGAACUGGUGGAAAUGGCUGCAUUCGAAGUCAUAGAUGCCCAACUGCGGCCGAAAGCGACUCCACCCCGAGGCAACAUUUCUCAAAACCCUGAAACACCCGAAGCACUUACCAUUGCUUUCCCCGUCUCUAAACCUGCAGCGCCUCCACAGAUUGACGUAGAGGAAGAAAGUGAAGAGGAGAUAAAGGAGGAACCUCCACGUUUUCUUUUGUCUUCGUUGAAUCCACAGGAACGCAUUGACUACAGCCAUCUUAUAGAGGAGCUAGGUGGUGUUGUGCUAGAGAAGCAGAGUUUCGACCCCAGUUGCACUCAUGUGAUUGUGGGUUAUCCCCUGAGGAACGAGAAAUAUCUGGCUGCUAUGGCAGCGGGCAAGUGGGUUAUCCACCGCUCGUACCUGGAAGCAUGCCGCGCAGAGGGACGCUUCAUACAGGAGGAUCAGUAUGAGUGGGGAAGCAGCUCUAUACUGGAUGUUCUGACAUCCAUCAACUCUCAACAGAAGAGACUGGCGCUGGCAGCCAUGCGAUGGAGAAAAACACUGCAGGGCUGCACAACCAAAGAGGGAGCAUUUGGUGGCUGGACUGUGAUGCUAAAUAUUGACCAAGCCAGAGAGGCUGGAUUCAGACGUCUUCUGCAGUCAGGAGGAGCUAAGGUUUUGCCAGAAUCUUCCCCCUCUCUGUAUAAGGAAACCUCUCACCUGUUUGUGGAUUUUAGUCGAUUAAAGCCGGGUGAUGUCAGAGUGGACGUGAGCGAGGCCGCAGCUUAUGGGGUGAAAUGUCUUAAACCCGAGUACAUCGCUGAUUACCUCAUGCAGGAGCCAUCGCCGCCAAUAGAGGCUUAUUAUCUUCCCGGUGCAGCUCCAGAAGAUACAGACAAGGUUCACGAUACAUCUUCACGUAAACGCAAAGCCUCUGGAGAAAUAUCCACAUUAAAGAAGAGUCGUGUUCGAUGAAACCAUCCGAUUUCAAGCUCUUAACAUAAUAGCCUGUUUAUUUAAGUGCAUUUUAUUCAAUUAUUACAAUGUAGAUAAACUAUUGUCAAUAAAACUUUAAUUCAGAAUGUGAAUGCCCAUAAAAAACAACCUGUUGAACAGUCAAAUCAUCCUCAUAGACAAAAAUAAUACAUUUAAACUAAAACUAAAAAUACAAUCGCAACAGAUUGAUGCAAAGUCAGUAAUGUACAUCUCAGGAUGUUAUGUUGUUAUAGCAGUUUCUGUCCUGCAGAGGGAGCGCUUUUCACAUUGUGGGUACGGCAGCAAUAUUACACAUAACAGAACUAUAGGAGCAUUUUUAUGAAUUAUAGGCUAAUUUCUAGUACACUCACAGAUAAGCUAGUGAUAUGGAAAUUGGAAAUCUUUCAGACAUAUACAAAACCUAUCAAUAAAAGAUGGUAUAGUAAGUUGCAAGUGUGCAGAAAUGGUGAGAAUCAUGCUUUUGCUACAGUAAAUGUAGCUAUUUGUCAGAUUAAAUUUAAUGAGGUUAAUUUUUUCUCUAAUAUAUAGUUAAAUCUUAUAUGUUUUAUAAAUAGCCAUUCUGUUAAUUUCCUAUUUGACCACUGGCAUUAAGCUUCAUCACCAGAAACACACCAAUGUGAUUCAACUUCUGUGUCCACAGCAACAGUUCGGUUACUAAUGGCAACAGCUGCACAGAUCUGAUGCUGCUUAUGUCACAAAAACAAUUCUGGUUGUUCUUCGUCUAAUUCAUAAUACUUGGUUGUGCGUCGACUAAAAUCUCUUUCAAUAAUAUUGUUCACAUUAUUGCUAUUAUAACAUGUUGAAGUUUAAGGUUUAAUCUGCGAGAUAAUCAGUGUUAUUAUAUCAAGCCAUGUAUUUAGACUACAUGUCUGUCAACAUGGCCCAAAUUUGUGUUUAUUCAAACAUUCAAUACAAUAGACUUACACGGAGGUUAAGUAAAUAUUGCCGAAUCAUUGACACAACAGUACAUUAAAGGAUGCAGUUUGAAGUUAAAACUCAUGCAUUAAGUGGUUAAAUGAUCCAGCAGUCAUAAAUCCAUUUCUUUCCCAGACAGACUUUUAACAACGGACUAUUAUUUGUUUGUUGUUGUUUUUAACACUAAACUGUGUGUAGAAUCUCAGAAAAAAGGUUCUGGUUGUCCUUACAGGUACAUAUUGGUACCUCAAAGCUACAUAUCUGUACCGAAAUGGUACAAAUUUCUGUGUAGUGUAGAAUGUGAUGCAGUUUGCCAGAAAUGGAUUUCAUUGAGAAGUCUGUCAGUUUACGUACAAGUUUUGACUUGAGAAUGACACAAAUAUUACUAAAAUUGUACAAAAACAUCCUCCGAAAGCAACUUCUCCCAACCAUCGAAGAACAGUAUGAUGGAGCACCUUGCCAUAAGGCAAAAGUGAUAACUAAGUGGCUUGGGGAAUAAAACACAUUUUGGGUCCAUGGUCAGGAAACUCCCCAGACCUUAAUCCAAUUCAGAACUUGUGCUUUGACCCACAAAUUCUGACAAACGCCAAGCAAUGAUUAUGCAAGCGCUGCCAUUAGUCAGGAUGUGGCCCAAAAGUUGAUUGACAGCAUGCCAGGGUGAAAUGCAGAGGUAUUGGAAAAGAAGUGUCAGCACUGCAAAUAUUGAUUCUAUAUUGAUGCAUUAACUUAAAGGGGUGGUUCUGACUUAUUAACACAGUUAUAGAGUUGUUUCCUCAUGCUAAAUAGGCAAAGUGUGAAAAAAGCAGUUGGGCGUGUUACAGGGUAUUUUUGUGCCGAAUGCACUUCACCAGGGUUCGUACAAGUUUCGGAAAGUUUUUUUCGAUUACAGGUCCACCUGACGUUUCAGGGGUUUCUAUACGUAUCACUUCUUUAUAUGGGCACUUCCCCCAGAAAACCCCGCCCACCCAUCAAUAGCGGGAGACGCUAGAACUUAAAAACAUUAUAUCACGCGACAGAGCUUAUAAUAUCAACAAUAGCACGAAAGAAGAAGUGUUUUUUUGGAUGUAAGGAGAAGAAAGGCAGUCUGUUGGAAACAAUGGAUAUAGUUUAUUAUCCAGAGUAGCAGCAGAGUUUUGCGUGUGUGUUUGAUGCGGUGGAUUUCAUUGAAAAGUCCCAACCGGGUCAAGAGUUGCAUGCAAAGUAAGGCUUCUGUCUUAGGUUGGAAAUAAGCGCAUGCAUAUUAUAUAAAUGACACAAACAUGUAUUGAAUCAUAAAUUAAACAGUGUUUUAUAAAAUUUUGCAUGACUCGCACUCACUCCUCCCGUGGUAGUAACUCCUCCUUCUUCAUUUUUUCGUACGUUAUCGGAAAGAUUCGGUAAAGCUAAUCUCUUCAGAGAUAUAAAGGAUGUAAUACUACUCUAUAGGUACUCCACAUUAACAUCAGAAAUGCAGAAACAGCAUGUGUUAUGUGAGCUUCAAUGUAAUUGUCAAUAAAAGCCUUUGACUUUUAUGAAAUGCUUGUAAUUAUACUUCACCAUACUAACAUCUUUUAAAAAGAUCUUAAAACACUGUGGGAUGGUUUCCCGGACAGGGAUUAGCUUAAACCAGGACUAGGCCUUUGGUUGAAUUAGAAAAUAUAACUUGUUUUAACAAACAUGCCCCACUUGUGUGCAUUUUGAGGCAAAACAAAGGGCACUGAUGUAUUUUAAGAUAUGUCAGUGCAAGUUGUUUUUAGUUUGAACAGCUCUUACAUUUAUUUUAGUGUAGGACUAAUCUAAUCCCUGUCCAGGAAACCAUCCCGUGA